AUGUCCACAUCUAGGAAGCACCCGACUACCGCCCGAGGCAAGGCCCCGGCUAGAAAUCAAAAUGAUGCUCCCGACAUUCCAAGAUAUCGGGAUGCCAAGGCAGCCGAAAACUACACGAAAAUCCUACCUAGAAAGGUUGCAUCCACCAAGUUCGUUUGCAGAUCCACACUCACUUCGUUAGAGGUUCUUGAGGGGGUCACCCAAUUGUUUCGUAAAUUUGGGUGGGAAAACCUUCUCAACCUCAUGGCGCACACUAACGAGCUCGCCACUAGAGAGUUUCUUGCCGAUUGCGGGUACAUUGAUUUUGCAACAAUAAACGAUAUCUUGGGCUUGCCUUCUUCAAACACCUCCACGGUUUUCGACGUCUUACCUACUGAGUUCAAUGAUGAGACGUUUUCAACGAAAAUAAUCAGGGGUAUCUUUUCGUGUGCCGGUCAGGAUAAAGCAACCUUCAUCAUUCACCCGUGCCUCUGUAUUGACCAUCGCAUCUUGUUGUGUAUGGUUUUUGCCCGCAAAGAAGCCAGCCAGGUCACCAAAAAUGAGGUCUUCUUUCUUUGGUGUAUGACGGGGCGUGACUGCCCGCUAAUCCCAGACUUUGCUUUCUUAUUUUUCCAUAAAUGUGCACACAUGAGAAGCAAAGCGUCCAGUGAUAUUUGCAUUGGGGGAUUGGUCACCCUUUUGGCUCGCGGACUUGACAUUGAGCUCCCAGACGAAUACCAACCUGUUGACAAUAAAAAUAUUUUGGAUGAGCGUGCCCUGACAAACAUGCACCACAUCUGCCGCUGGAGCAGGAACAAUUUCACUUUGUAUUAUCCUCAAGGAGUAGCAUAUCUUGUUCUCCCCGGCUGUAACAUCCCGAAAUCGCAAGAGUAG